CAGACGAAUACAUGUAUAGCCCAUCAUGAUCACUUUGCGAAACAUCGAAAGAGCGGUUCUUUUGAUCUUCGUUGCCGUCCUCCCAUUUGCUCGUCCGCAGUGUGAAAGCGAUCGCAGAGGCAUUAUUCCGGGGGACAUUACUCUUGGAUUUCUUUUUCCAUUCUACGCUGCAAGUGGAGACGGGUUUUCAUGUGGAAAUGGCAUUUCAGACCAUCAAAACAUUCAGUUACUAGAAGCUGCCAUUCAUACAAUAAACAACGAUGCUGCAACAGCUACAAAUGGAAUCAAAAUUGGUUUGGAGGCAUGGGACACUUGCAACUCAAGACAGGUUGCCGUGCAGAGAGCGAUGGAAUACUUGGGUGACAGAACACCAACAAGACAAACUUCUACACAACAAUGUGACAGUGCUGCAUUUAAACCAAUUGUGAUUGGUCACCUGAUUAACGAUGAGGGUCCAGCCGUUGACGCCCUCCUGACCGAUGCUAUGGUACCUGCCAUCAGUUACGCGGCCACUCAAGCUAUGCUGACGUCAGACAACGAGUAUUCAUUCUUCUCACGUACGAUUCCAUCCGAUGAUGACAUCGCAAGAGCAUUGGUUGCUAUCCUGAAGCGAAUGGGUUGGACUUACGUUGCCAUGGUGACUACAGAUAACUCCGGAGAGAGGUCAGCAGGUCAGACGUUUCAGGACAUCGCCGAAUCUAACGGUAUCUGCGUGUCUGUCCAGAGUAGGAUACCUGAGGGAACCGCUGAAGCGAGUGUAUUCAAUCAGGUCUUGACCGACAUCGGUGCUAAACCUAAGGUUAAAGUCGUGGUGCUGUUCACGUCGUCAUACCUUGCGCAAGGCCUCUAUGACGCCGCCGAUGCAUCAGGUGCAGAGCUGCAGUGGGUGCUUGGACAUCGGGCUCUACUAGAUCCCUCCAGCCUUGACCAACAGCCAACGGUCACCAGGGGCGUGCUAGGUGUUCUCCCGCAGAGUUAUUCUCCUACAACGUCCGACAUCAACUCGGGCUUUGAUGAUUACUUCAAGGGCCUUACUCCAGCUACAGUCAAUACUACAGCUGAUCCGUGGUUUGUUGAAUUUUACCAGGAAUCUUUAGGAUGUAACGUAGGUUCGCCAAGCGGUGGAAGGCCACAGUGCGGGAGUGUACAGGCCCAGCAGUUUGUCGACAGCUACGUCAGGAGCCCAUACUAUCAAGGAAUCAAAGAUGCCGUCCAGAUAGCGAUGUCAGCAGUGCGUCUUUUACAGGAGAAGAAAUGCCCCGGCAUGAUGGGUGUAUGUGGACAGCUCUUGGCUGCGACACCGCAGGAAUGGCUUGCUACUGUGAGAUCAAUCCCCUUGGACGGUCAACAGGCUUUCAGACAGGAUGGAAGCGCUUCUAAUACCAUGCUGAAUAUCUUUAACAUGAAGACGUCUAGUGCUGGGUACUCACUUCAAAAUGUUGGUUCAUGGCAAGAUGGAAUGCUGACCUUUGACCCAGCCAAUGUAGACUUGUGGACAGGGGAUUCUAGUCAACCUGUGAUAUCUAUUUGCGGAGUACCAUGCCUCGAUGAAGCUUGUAGAGCUGUAGCAACAAACAAUACCAUGGUGUAUAUGGGUGGCGACAUUAUCUUAGGUGGACUAUUCUCUGUGCACUCCUGGGAUGACUCUACUCAAGCGUGCGGUCCGAUCCGUCGCGAGGGCGUCCUUCGUCUGGAAGCCAUGCUGUAUGCUCUGGAUCAAAUCAACAACGGCGCAGACCUCUUGCCUGCCAUAGCGCUUGGCAUGGACGGGUUGGACACCUGCUCUAAUAAGAGAGUAGCUGGAGAAGCAGCCCAACGAUUCAUAGUAGAAGCAGACUUUGGGACCGGUGGGUCCGGUCAAAGAAUGACCAAAGAUGGAUACGAGGAGCUCGUCUACGGCGUCAUCGGCCCGGAGAGCGACGAUGAAAUCUGGACGGUCAAUCGCAUCCUAUCCUUCUACGGUGUUCCACUCAUAGCGUACGAUUCGUACGACAGUCAACUCUCCAAUAGACGGACCGUUCCCAACAUGGCCCGUUUGACCCCCAACACGUAUGCGGACACCAUCCCUUUGGCCAGAGCCCUGGGUGCGAGGGGGAUCCGCUACGUCCAGAUGCUCUAUACCUCCACCUUCUCAUCUGCGAGAUCUGUUUUCACAAGCAUAGGAAGGCUGAACUCUAUUUGUGUGUCUCAAGCACUAUCAAUCGAUUCCAGCACAGAUUGGGAUGAUACCUUCAAUAAAUUAGCAGCUAGGUCUGAGGCUAAGUUCAUUGUUCUUCUAUUGGAACCGUCUUUGGUCCAGACCUUUCUAUCGGAGCUCUCGUCUAGGAACCUCAUUGGACAGUAUUACCUGGUCGGUAAUUCUCUGUUCCCCCUGGACGAUUAUCUUCAGAAUGAUAUCGAUACUAUUAGAGGCCUUACACAAGUUAGCAGGCUUGGGCGUACCUACCCGCCAGCAUUUGUGAGUUAUCUGAAGAGUCUACGACCGGAAACCAACAGCAGGAAUCCGUGGUUUGCAGAGUUUUGGAUGGAUCAUUUUCAAUGUCAACUCAAUGGAUACGAGUCUACAUAUACUACCCCAUGUACAGGUAAUGAAGCUCUAUCUGAUGAUGAUAUCUUUGAUCCAACCGUUGCUGAUGUCGUGGACGCAACGUACACCAUGGCAAGAGCUCUUCAUGAUCUCCAGCGAGAGAAGUGUCCUUCCUCUACCCAGAUCUGUACAGAAAUGAUUGCCAGUGAAGGCAGUGAACUGUUCCAAAAAAUCACCCGGCAGUCGUUCACCAGUCCAUUCGAUCAAGCGCUUAUUCGCUUUAAUUCCGUCGGAGAUGUGAUUUCCAGUUUCUAUAUCUACAACUACCAGCAGUCUGGAUCUGGUAGUCUCAGUCCUGUUCAAAUUGCCUCCUAUAUCUCCUAUGCCUUUGUCACGACUGAUGAAAACUUGAUAGUUUAUAACGAGAAUGGGCAAGCCGUGACUGACCCCUCGACACAGUGCACAGGGAUAUGCGAUGAAUGCAACACUAUUGGGAGAGGUCAAACAGCUUAUAUACCAGGAGACCUCUGGAUAGGAGGUUUCUUUAGUAUCUCUGAGGAGGCUGACGAUCAGUACACAUGCACAGGUCGUGUUGAUACAUACAACAUGCAGCUCCUUGAAGCAUUCCUCUUUGCUGUGGACAAGGUCAACGAUGACGACACCAUCCUGCAGAACUUCCAGCUUGGUGCGGUGGGUUUCGAUACCUGCGGGAGCAGUGAUAAAGCCCGCAGAGAGGUGUCUAACUAUGUAGCGGGUACGGUGGAGUACAGGACGGGCUACUUCCCAACCAGCAUGAGUGUUGCAGGGAUAAUAGGUGGACAGACCAGCGAUACGUCCCUCGCUAUCGCAGAUGUGCUCAAUAGUUUGAUGGUGAACCAGGUGAGCUUUGGGGCCUCCACCACAGAACUGAGCGACGACGAAGAAUAUCCGUAUUUCCUUCGCACGCUACCUUCCGACUCCCAACAAGCCAGCGCGUUGGUCGAUCUGAUUUCAAGAUUCGACUGGUUUUACGUUUCUGUUGUUUACUCUGAUAAUGCUUAUGGGAAUGAUAUCUAUGCGGAGUUUAGGAAGCAUGCAAGGGAUGCAGGAAUCUGUCUUGCUAUGGCUCUAGGCGUUCCUGCGACAGGAGUGGUGAACUACCCUGGCAUUGUCUCAUCACUGAUGUCUAAUCCUCAGUCCAAGGUGGUUGUCCUCCUGACAUCAGGUGUCCACGCCAAGGGUGUCCUAGAGGCUGCAGAGGAUGCGGAAGCCUUUGACUUGCAGUGGAUCGGCACCGAUACCUGGGGCAAUCGUAAGGACAUCACAGCAAAUGCAACCAGGGUGGCUCGAGGGGCACUUAUCGUUGAGCUGCAAGACAAUACCACGCAAGAGUUUGAGACCUUCUUCACUCUCCACACCAGUUACAACAACAACCGCAACCCUUGGUGGCAAGAUUACGUGAUGGAUGUCUUCCAAUGUCAGAUCAGUGGCAAACCAUACCGCUUUGAUACCCCUUGUGCCCCAGGCUACCAGGAUUUCAGUGACAAGUUCACCCAGGCUACAGAAGUCCAAUAUGUCAUCAAUGCUGUCUUGGCAUUUGCUGUUGGACUUGACGGGGCCAUAAAGAGCUUGUGUCCGAAUUUGAAGGAGUACGAAACCUGCGAUGAGAUCUACAGCAAUCCGUUGAUCGUUCAUGAUCAUAUCAGAAGGGCCAAUUUUCUUGGUGCCGAUGAGAGACAGUUCGCAUUUGAUGAACAAGGUGAUGGUCAACCUAGAUACAAUAUCAUCAACCUUAAUGACAGCCUUACUUUUAACAAGGUUGGAACGUGGGAAUCAGGUUACCUUGUGAUUUCUAAGAAUGUUCAAUUCUACAACGAUGCAGUAGAAGUCUCUUCUCUACAGAGUAACUGUACCGGUCGAUGCGCAGAAUGUUCACAAGCCUCGGCCACCCGACCCACGGUCAUCCAACGGGGAGGCGAGCUCCAGAUAGCAGCCUUGUUUGCUGCACACGACCAGCCGCAGGACGUCAGUACGGACUGCGGUUCACUGCGCAUCGAGGGUGUCGUCGAUGCCGAAGCCCUGCUGUAUGCCAUCAAUGAGAUCAACUCGGAUGACAGCAUCCUACCGGGUAUCACCCUCGGCGCUACUGCGUUGGAUACCUGUCAGAGUGCUAGUCGUGGUGUGAGCGAGCUCUCCUCAUUCUUGAGUGGUGCAUUGACUCAGAAUCAUCAACCGUGGUUCCAGAUUGCCGCAGUAUUGAGUGGAGGAAGGCCCGACAUGGUGUCGAAUACAGCAACAGUCUCACAGGAAUAUCAAUAUACUCAGAUAUCUUAUUCAUCGGUGGGGAAUCCAUCUUCCAAUCUAAUAAGCAUUACAGCAAGCUACAAUGAUAAAGCCGAUGCUCUAGCCAGUCUUCUCAUGCACUAUUCAUGGAGCUACGUCGGUGCGGUCUAUGAUGGUCAGGACAGGCAACAGCAUACGUUAUUCAAUACAUUUCUUGAAGCAUCAUAUGAGGCCGAUAUCUGUGUUGGCUUAACAGCAGCAUUGACUGGUAACGACCCAGCUUCCGUUCUACAACAGAUUGAAGAUAAUGGCAAUAUCAAUGUGGUAGUGGUCUUUGCAGACGCUGUCCAGACCAAAAGUCUUCUGGAAGCAAGCCAAGCUAGAGGCGGUAGAAGGUUGACGUUCAUCCUAGCUUUCCCUCAAGAAUACCCCGCUGAUGGUAUCAGCCAGAGCUUUGCAGGAUCCCUUGCUUUAUUCACACCACCACCUCCUGUAGCUUUCCAGCAGUACUUCACUGCCCUUGAUCCAACAGACGAGGGUGUCAGUCCUUGGUUUGUAGAAUACCUUGAAGACAAGUUCAAGUGCGAUGUAGACAACGACGGGGAUUGUUCCGGAACCCUCCACGCAUCUCUUGAAGAUGUGUUGGAGUAUGGUGGUGCUUCUUCGGAUAUCAUCAAUGCUGUAAGUGCCGUAGCACAAGGGACACACAACCUCCUAUGGCAGCUCUGUGGUGAGAACUACAACGGCUUGUGUGCCAGCUUCGUAGAGGCAACGGCAAACCCUGAGACGCUGCAAUAUGCAAUUGCUAAUGUGCCUUUCACUGGUAUUGGAGGUCAAAUGAUCAGUUUGACCAAUGGAAUGAGAGCUGGUCAAUUUGAUAUCUGGAAUGGACAGCAGGAUGGUCAAACUAACAGUUUCAGUAAGGUUGGUAGCUGGAAUCGAGUUGGAUUGAUUUUGAACACAGAUGGAGUGCAGCUAUUUGAUGCCAACUCUAAUCGAGGUCCAGCACAAUCCGAGUGUAGUCCAGGUUCAACUUGUCAAGACACCUGCUCUGUUCCACCCACCACACUACCACCGUUCACCCGCGAACCACUCCCAUCCACUAGACCAACUCCACCACCUUCAAGAAUACCUGGCGGUGGUAACGCAACAGCAUUCACAUCCAUUGGUAGCAUCCAGUUCUACAUCCUGAUUGCCAUAGCUGCCACAGGGGCCUUCCUCACUGCUGUCAUGAUCAUCAUCCUGAUAGCAAGAUGGAACAAUCCAUUGGCGCGUGGCAUGUCCUCCUUCCUUCAUCUCACUCUCCUCCUCGGAAUCCUCCUCCUGUUUAUCUUGGUCCCCAUCAACUCGUCUCCCGAAUCAGCUAUGAUCUGCGCCCUACAGCGUGUCAUCACCGGAAUCGCUUUCGCCUUCUGCUACGUCUCCGUCUUCCUGCUGCUCGUCCGGCUCUACCGUAUCGGGAUCCGGGAACGUCGCAUCGUUGGGAAGAGGGCGCCGUUCAUCAACAACUCCAGCCAGGCAUUGCUAUUCUUCGUCUUCAUCAUGAUUGAGGUGGUGUUCUUGGUACAAUGGUUGGUUCAACAACCCCCGACUCAUUUAAGCUACGCGUCGACGACGGGUCAGGAGAGUGUUACUGCGUACUGUGGACACACGUCAAAGGAUACAGUUCUUAGCCUUCUCUAUGUAUAUCUCUUGAUGAUUGUAUCGCUGGUCAUCUCCAUCCAGGCCUGGUGCUCCAUCAAAGUGGUCUUCACAAGAGAGUUCUCGAUUUUUAUCGCAACUAUCGCAAUUUGCCUGUGUGUCAUGGUUGCCUGGAUCAUUGCUGCUGUCGUCGUUGUCGACCUCGAUGCAGGCUCGCUGAUGUCCAGCAUCAAUGCCAUCGUCCAGGCUUUCAUUCUCCUGUUGCUCUUGGUCCUUCCCAAAGCCAAGCUGCUAUGGUCCGGGAAACAUGACGAGUUCUGGGAAUCGUCCAGUGUGACGUCCAGCGAGUACGGUGGAGACCGUAGACAAUCGGGAGGUACCGACUUUGAUGGACUAGAGAACUACCCGACUGGGGGAAGUGCCGACAAUGAAUACGAUAGUCCUGUUGAUUACAUGCACGAGAACCCAGUUUAUGAGAGCACUCUCCCGGAUAAAUCUAUGGACCUUGCUACCAUUUGAACCCAGCAUUUGAGAACGCUCUUCCAGAUAAACCUAUGGAUCUCGCUAACCUUUGACCCUGGCUAACUGCAAUGAUAAGUCCAUGGAUAUUGCUGAACUCUAAAAUGGCUGCAGUUAACAAAGUCAAUUAACCUGUUUUAAUUAAAAAAAUCUGGAUUUUGAGUGAGAUUGUCAAAUAUUUGUUUUCCUUAUUUUUUUUAUCAUGCGCAGUUUAAUAAGUAGUUUAUAUCAGCAAAAUGUAGAGAAUAACAAAGGAA